GUGCCGUUAGAGGCGCGGAUUCCGUAAUUAGUUGGUUAGGGGUAGAAUGAUGGUAGAUGUUGAUAGCUUGCGCUAUGUAGAACUCCAGAGGCUUGCUAAAAUGCAUGGUAUCAAGGCUAACAAAAAGGUUAGCGUCAAGCAUGUUUAUCUUAUCACUGCAGGCCUCUGAACUAAAGAAGAAGCUGAAAAUCCUGCUUUGUAUUCAGGAAUUUGAAAGUACUGGUACAAAGAAUGGUGAAACAGCAUCUGCUGAGUCUGUUGAGGUAGAUGUACUAUGCUUUCCGCGUCAUCGUUCGGGACAGAUUGAAGAGUCUUCUUUCAGAUGUACGGACAAGCCUAAGCUUCCUUCUGACGAUCAAGAAAAUAAAGAAAAUGGUGGGAUAACAUCUACACCAAUAAGUGGCGAUGAAGCUUCAGGUGUUUUGAAUCGAACAUACGAGCUAGCUUCUCCUGUGGUGUGCUGCAAGAAGGAUACUAUUGAGAAACCACUCAAGCAAUAUUCAGAAUCCCAUAAAUUGUCCAUAGCUAAAAAACCAUCGGUUAUCAAGACAGUUCCAGACUUCAGUAAGAUUCAUGCUAAGGCCGCUUCAAAAUUGGAAUCAUUGGUAUCAUAUGCUUCACGGCAUAACUUGACUAAUAAACCUCGACCACCAUUCGCAUCACCGCCUUUUGUUAACAACAAUAAAAAAGUUUCGAAUUCAUCUGGCGAUAAAUCUGAGAUCUCCCAAACAAAUAUACCUGAGCACAAGUUCAGCCUUCAGAAGAAAACAUCAAUUCGUUUGAAUGACAAAAUCACAAUAUUGAAGAAUUCAAAUUCGGUUAAACGAAGUAAAUCACUUCUUUCUCCUUUCUCAUCUAAUGAAAUUAGUACAACUGUAAAUAACCAACAACAGGCAAACAAUUUGGCAGCUUGCAAUCCAUUAUCGCGUAAAAAUACUAUUAAAAUUCCAGCUGACAGUGCAUUUGCUCGACGUAAAGCGUAUGAUUUGAAAUAUAAUCAGUCACGUCGUUUGUCCUGUACACCUCAUCGUGUUUCUAAGCAAUUAUCAAUAACUCCUCCUAAAUCGACUACUGUUGUACGACAAGAUAUUCGUAUACCUAAACCAUUUGUAAAUGUUCGUCAUAAUAAAAUGGAAUUAUCAAAGAUGUGCAAGGAAGAUCGGGCAAUGUCAAGGAGAUUAUUAGUUGACAAGAAUCGUGGCUUAUAAUUAUCUUAUUAUUCAUAUAUAUAUACCUCUUAUUUACCUGUAUAAUAUUUAUCUAAUAUCUAAGUGUUUGUAUUAUAGUUACCUUAUUUUAAAGAUAUUAUCAUUAUUCCAUUAUUUAACAUGAGAAAAAUAAUGUUACUUCUCUCAUUUCAACUAAUGUCAUUCUUAAUUGUCUCUCAUAAGUGUUUUGUUAUUGACUAAUUAUUUA